AUGGCAGAAUCGCUAAAAAAUCUCGCUGGAUCGGUUGGUAAUUUGAUCGCGGAGGCGGGGAAGAAUGUAACCGAGUACGUCCAGGAGGGUGUUAAGAGCAUUGAGAAGAUCACCGCGGAGGGACAAAAGUUGCAGGACGCCAUUACGCAGUCCUUGCCAGGAUUGCAGCAAGGCUUUCGAUCGACCAUGGACGAAGCUGAACGAUUGAUCGAACAAAAUCGAACAAAACUCGUGUCCGCAAUUGAACGAACCAAAAGCACCGCCCAUGCCGCGAUUGACGAGGUUGACCCAAGUAAAGCGCAAACGCAUUUCCAAAACGCCAAGGACAGCUUGGGUCCACUACUGGCAGAAAUUAAAAGCCAAGCUGAAAAAGAUGCCGAGAAAAUUUCAGCAGAUUCAGCUAAGGCGCUCCAGGACCUCAAACAGCUUCUCCACACCGCUAUUGACUCGGCAAGGAUACUUCAAGUUGCUUCCGAAAAAACCAUGGCAGAAUGUAGAGAGCGGGUGGAUAAGGAAAUCGAGAAGCUGAAAACUACGGCGGAAGACGUUGGUAAACGCUACGCAAAGGACUUCUCCGGGUCUAUCGACACCGUAUCCAAGGAAAUGACAAAAGCAGUCGAUCAAGCGAAAUCAAUUAAGGACAACGCAAAGAAGGGAGCUGCCGAUGCCAAGGAAGCGCUGGAGAAGGCGGCGGAGGAUGCUAAAGGAAAAGCAGGCAAGUCAAUUGAUGGCUUAAAGACGGAAUUGGGAAAGUCAAUCGGAAAUAUAGAGAAGCAGUCGAAGAAGACGGUUGGGGAUUUGGCGAAGGACGGCGAUAAGGCAGUUACUCAAGCUAAAAAAGCUGCGAAGUAG